AUGACAGCUCUAUCUUCAUUAUUAUUUCUUUUACAAGCAAAUAUUUAUCAAUAUGCAGCGCCAAUCAUAUUUGGUUUCGGUAUCAUUGGGAAUAUAUUCAUUAUAAUUAUGUUUGUACGUCGUCGUCAGAAUUCAUGUGCUAUAUAUUUACUCAUGGCAGCAGUUGUGAAUACUAUCAAUACUACAUUUAACUUCACAACAACAAUCUAUACUCUCAAUCAUAGUGAUCCAGGAAAUAGUAUUCUUGUUUUUUGUAAGCUACGCUAUUAUUUUAUACAUGUUUGGGGUCAAUUAGCUAGAUAUUUUGCAAUAUUCGCAUGUAUCGAUCGUUACGCAGUGGCAACUACCAAUACUCGUCUCUGUUGGAUUGCUCGACCAUGUGUGGCAUGGAAGAUGAUAAUAGCUAUGAUCAUCAUAUGGCAUAUUCUUGCUAGUCAUUUACUAAUCUUUGUAACAAUCAACAAUGGACGUUGUGGUCAAUUUGGACUCUACUAUAUUGUGUUUGAAAUUUAUUAUUUGAUUUUUGUAUGUGUGAUUCCACCAGUAUCAAUGAUGAUUUUUGGAUUCUUGGCUUACCGUAAGUUACGACACUUGCAUGGACGAAUCAUGCCUGUGAGUAUUAAUACACAUAGUAAACCGAGUAAAAAUAAAAUUCAUCGACGAGAUCGGGAUCUUCUCAUUAUGGUUCUUGGUGAAGUUGUUUUUUAUGUGAUGACAAUGUCUGGUUAUCCAUUUAUUGUUUUAGAGACUGCAGUCACUAAUUAUAUGGGUAUUACAAAGAGUAUUGACCAUAUUGCAAUUGAAACUUUCUUUACUAUGAUAGCAAUUUUACUUCUUUAUUUAAAUUAUAGUGCUCCUUUUUACAUAUAUAUAGUUGCUUCAAAAACAUUUCGUAGAGAUUUCAAAGCACUUUUAAUUCGACUGUGGCAUUGA